GGAGGGAGAGAAACAGAAACAGAGGGACAAGGGACAAGGGGAGGCUUGCUAAGGGGAGCUCCCAUUCUGUCUAAACUCCCAUUCUGUCUAAGGGCCAAUAGAGAAAGGGAACGUCUCUAUUUCACCACUCUGUUUUUUUUUCUGGUCGUUUGAACUAUAUCCCAGAUCCCUGGGAGCAGGAGAGGAGCAAGAAGCAGACGCUGUUUCACAACAAGCAACAGAGCAAAGAAGAGAGCAAGAGAGGGGACGUCACUGCACUUUGAACUUGUACAGACUAGCAGGACCAGAGGAAGCUGUGCGUGACUUUAUCAUGAUCUAUUUAAAAUCUUUGUUGUAAAUAGUGAGCCUUUAGAUUCAGUGUGGUUGUUCCCUGGCUUGUCUGUCAUCUGGGUGGAUAGAAUAGUGCUGCCAAGCUAAUGAAACAAAAAAGUGCUAUUUAUAAAUGUUUUUGUGACUCAACUGUCUAUGGGGUUGAAUGACAACAUUUAAUUUCCAAGAUUUUCUGAAUAUCUGCUUGUGGCACAUACGUAUAAGAAGUUCUUGACACCAAUUCAAGCUGCUGCUGCCUGUAAGAUUGAUUGAUAACACUUUCUACACACAGCCCAGAACUGGUCCGACUAGUUUGUAAGUAGGGUAAAGUAAGUCGGGCAGUUUGAAGGAGAGCAGUCCUUUUUUUCUGGUCUUUUCCUUCGCUCCUCCCUGCUUGUCCAGGGAGAAAGUAGCGUGGUGUAAGGAGAGGAGAGACAAAUGAAGAAGGGGGGUCCUAUUUUACCCCUCAUAGACCCUCCUCCUAGUGUGGCGGAAGUGACAGAGACGGAGAAAGAGCGAACGAGAGCAUGAGCCUAUAAGUGUAAUUUAUUGUUUCCUGUGAAAGGGCAGGCUGCACCCUUUUCUCCCUCCUGAAAUCUGAACUGCUUGUUGUGUCAGAACUUUCAGGAGGAGCCAUUGUCUAGGGGUCACAGGAAAAACAGAGGAGUGAAGGAGAAGAACAAGAGAGUGAGAGGUCGGAGGACAGCACCGCGGUAGAAAAAUAAAGGAGUGAAAGGGAUCUCCGGGUCAUUUGACGGAGACAGAAGGGGAAAGAGGUCAAGAGAAGGAGUCUGGAACAUGUGCAGUUUCAGUUGUUUUGACUUUUCAUAACGCUGUCAGUUUUGCUUGGAAAAACCAAUACCUCUUUGUGUGUGUCAGCCGUGUCACUCAGAUAUGGCCAUGGUGAUCAGGGGAUGGGGCAACUCUAAUGGAGAGACCAACGGACUGGGGGGGGAGAAUGCUUACCUGCGUGGGGAUGAGGAGGAGGGCUCACCCCAGGCCGGGAGUGAUGUGGAGGAGGGAGACGAGGACAAGGCGUGCGUGGUGAACUGCGUGGUGUGUGGGGACAAGUCCAGUGGGAAGCACUACGGGGUGUUCACCUGCGAGGGCUGCAAGAGCUUCUUCAAGAGGAGCAUCAGAAGGAACCUCAACUACUCCUGCAGGUCGAAUCGAGAAUGCCAGAUAGACCAGCAUCACCGCAACCAGUGCCAAUAUUGCCGGCUGAAGAAAUGCUUAAGUGUUGGCAUGCGCAAAGAAGCAGUCCAGCGUGGACGUAUCCCUCCAUCCCACCCAGGCAUCUGUCCCACUUCUCUGGUCGGCGGAGGUGGCGGUACUGGGCCAGUAGGGGGCGAAUUCUUCAACGGCCAGCCCAUGUCAGAGCUCAUCUCCCAGCUGCUCCACGCCGAGCCCUACCCCAGCAUCCGCUACGGACCCCAGUACGGCCAGCAGCAGAUGCAUGGUGCUGGAGGAGGCUCCGUCAUGGGCAUCGACAACAUCUGCGAGCUGGCGGCACGCCUCCUCUUCAGCACCAUCGAGUGGGCCAGGAACAUCCCCUUCUUCCCUGAACUGCCUGUCACUGAUCAGGUGGCUCUGUUGAGGCUGAGCUGGAGCGAGCUGUUUACCCUGAAUGCAGCCCAGUCAGCCCUGCCGCUACACAUGGCUCCUUUGCUGGCCGCGGCCGGCUUCCACUCACAGCCCAUGUCGGCGGAGAGGGUGGUGUCCUUCAUGGACCAGGUGAGGUUGUUCCAGGACCAGGUGGACAAGCUGACCCGGCUCCAAGUGGACUCAGUAGAGUACAGCUGCCUCAAGGCCAUCGCCCUCUUCUCUCCAGAUGCGUGUGGUUUGACAGACCCCGUCCAUGUGGAGUCUCUACAGGAGAAGGCCCAGGUGGCUCUGAUGGAGUACGAGAGGAUGCAGUACCCGGGUCAGCCACAGCGCUUUGGACGUCUUCUCCUCCGCCUGCCUGCUCUCAGGGCCGUGUCCGCUAAUCUCAUCUCCCAGCUGUUCUUCAUGCGCCUGGUGGGCAAGAUGCCCAUCGAGACCCUCAUCAGGGACAUGCAGCUGUCUGGGAGCUCCAUCAGCUGGCCAUAUGUCCCUGGGCAGUGAGGAACAGAAGCCUAGGACACACAGGAUCCUGGAAGAGGAUCCUGGCUGGAACCUAGAACAAGAUGGAGAGGAAUUAUUAGUCAGUGAUGUCAUAAUUCUUAAACGUGCAAUAUGCAGAAAUCGCUCUGCCAUUUCCUGGUUGCUAAAAUUCUAAUAGUUUGCCUAAGUUCAGUUUAUGUGACAAAGAAAGCAGUGUAGAGAAUCAUUGUAUCACCUAAACCAGUAUGAAAAAUAUUUUCAAUAACAUUUUUUUUUGUUAUUUUCAGCUGUUUGAAGCUGGUAUACAAAACCGAAAGUAAAAGACGCAAAAACAAAACUUAAUUGGAAGCAUAGAAAUAUAACAUAAAUCGAAUGCUUCUUAGACUUGCUUUCAUUGAGAAUGACAGAUCUAUAACUAACAUUUCCAUGUGAAUCUGGUCACCCAAAAAGAUACAUAUUGCAGCUUUAAGGUCUAAUAAAGCCAUUUUUAUCUCAAUAUCAAAUCAUAUUUGGGUAACAAUUAAGUACCUUACUGUGAUUGUUUUCAAUUAAAAUAGUUAAAAAAAAUAAAAAUAAAAAUCUUCUUAGCCAAUAGCCAAUUCUCAAGAAAGAAUUUGCUAGGACUGUCUGGGAGUGGUCUGAGUGGGGAGGGAAAAACUGAAAACAAGCUGUUUUUGGCAGAGAGGAUUGGAACUCUUUCUUAUUGGCCUAUUGACUAAUUUACCACCGGGUGUUGACACCAGGCAGGCCAAAACUCCAUCCCAACAAAACAAGCUGAAAUUUCAGCCAAUCUUUUAAAACAGCUCUUCCACUAAAAUGGCAUUAUCAUAAUUAUUUACAAUUUCACAGUAUUACUCCAACCUCAUAGUAUGGAAAUAUAUAUAAAACACAGGAAAAUCACAUUUUUGACCACACUGGGCAUUAAAGGACGUAGUAGACGAGUACUAUAUUGCUACUCACUCAGAGAGAGCCACAUGGAAAUACCAAUGAAUGGAACUGGAAUGAAACCAUUGGAACAAUUUAGGUGUUCCGUGUGUAUUCCAAGGAAAUCAUACAUUUGACUUGGUGUAUAAUUCUAGAUCUGUAUUAUGACCUCAUUUUAGUCCUUCUCUACCUCAUUCUGGCCCCAGAACAGGGCUCUGAAACGCAAACUGUAACUGAAGCCCGUGUGCCACUACUACCUCCAUCCACAUGACCCCCAACGUGACUCUGUCUGACCCCAGGCUCUGUGUGACUCUCUGGCUGCUGUGUUAGGUCCACUGGGUCUCAAAUGGGACCCUAUGUCCCAUAGCUACAGUGUAUAGGGCUCUGGACAAAAGUAGUGCACUGUAUGGGGAAUAGGGUGCCAUUUGAGAUUCAGCCGUAAGGGUUUGUGAUGCCACAGCCAUGGCUCAUACUUUCCUUGUAUGCUGUUGUCUCCUGAGCCCUCUAUUUAUGUACAUCUUUGGGUAUUGAUUUACAUGAAUGUUGAGCUUAUAGUUGGAAAUGUAAUGAUACAUUAUGCAUAUGUGGUCAUGUAAAUCUUUGAAUGUUAUGCAAAUGAAAGACUCUGGACAUCUCCAUAGCAUAUUUAGCGAUAGCAUAAAUGCUACAAUACAUGCUAUGGUGUCGAAAACUGGCAGAAGCUGGCAGAGGUGAAUGUCCACUACCGUUCAAAAGUUUGGGGGCACUUAGAAAUGUUCAUGUUUUUGAAAGAAAAGCAACAUUUUUGUCCAUUAAAAUAACAUCAAAUUGAUCAGAAAUACAGUGUAGACAUUGUUAAUUUUGUAAAUUACUAUUGUAGCUGAUUUUUAUUGGAAUAUCUACAUAGGCGUACAGAGACACAUUAUCAGCAACCAUCACUCCUGUGUCCCAAGCACGUAGUGUUAGCUAAUCCAAGUUUAUCAUUUUAAAAGGCUAAUUGAUCAUUAGAAAACCCUUUUGCAAUUAUGUUAGCAGAGCUGAACACUGCUGUUCUGAUUAAGAAGCAAUAAAACUGGCCUUUUUGGGGGGUGCAAUUUAAGAAUGUGGGAGGUCCCCGCGUCCCCAGUGAAAGUUGAGCCCCUGGUGGAAACAUCGUUGGUUCAACCAAAGUGUGCCAAGUGGGAUGGCUGUGUUAAUAGUUGCGUAACUUUUGCUAUUGUUUUAACAUUGAGAGCACUUUGGUUGUAACAUUGCUCUCAGUAGUAUUUGAAUAUAUUUGAGUUUCUAAAUGGAAGUUGUGGAGACCUGUUUUUGUGUUUGAAUAGCCAGAUGACUUGAGUUGUUGCGUACAUGUCUGAAAUAACAACAGAAUAUUAGCAUUACCCGUGUCUUCAAUAAUAAAGGUUAUAUGAAGCCCAUUAGUUUUAUUGGACCUGAAAUUCAAAGCAGGAUCCAAUUUGGAUCAAUUUUGCUCCUUAUAUGCAUUAAAACCUCUAAGGGAUUGGUGUCCCUAUACCGGGACAUUUGUUGCUAACUUGCGCUAAUGUGACUAGAAUGACGUUGUAAGAAACAGCCAACUUUCCAGGACAUAGACAUACAUGUCUUAUGUGCAGAAAGCUUAAAGCUUACAUUCUUGUUAAUCGAACCGCACUGUCCAAUUUACAGUAGCUAUUACAGUGAAAAAAAUACCAUGCUAAUGGUUUGAGGAGAGUGCACAACAACAACAAAAACAUUUAUCAUGACAACUGGUUUGAUACAUUUACCUCUGAGGUAAAUAAUGUACUUACCUUCAGUAAUCUUGCUCUGAUUGGUCAUCCUGAGGGUCCCAGAGAUCAAAUGUAGCAUAGUUUUGUUUGCUAAAAUACAUUUUUAUAUUCACAUGUAGGAACUGGGUUCGACAGUUUGAACCCCUUCUGUUUCUGGACAAUUGUUUUAGCCUCUGCUUGAGACCUGACACUGGGAGAAAAAAAAAUCACAUUUCAGCAGAACAAUAAGCACAAGGUCAAAUCUACUCUGGUGUGGCUCACCAAUAUGAAGGUGAAUGCCCCCAAGUGCCCUAGACUCAGUUCUGAUUAAAUCCUCAUGUAAAUAGAAGAUUCAACAAUACCCAACCAACUUUACAGAGCAUGAGCCAAGAAGAAUGUACAGUAUACAUGAUUCCUCAGGUCUACAAAGUUGGUUGAGACUUUCUUUAUUUUUUUGUUUCACAAUGGCUGUCAAAGGUACUUCCACCAAGUAUUGAUACAGGGGGAUGGAUUUCAGUUUAUUUCUCUAUCUUUAAUAAAUGUGUAUGAUAUAAAUGAUGAUUGAAUGCAUUUAAAAAAAAUAUAUAUAUAUAUAUGUAUCUAACCUAUAGAAAGAAGUAUGAGACACCAUACAGAUCAUUACAGAUUUAGGUCAAAUGACUUUAAGUUAAUUCGCAUCUCAAUUAUGGAGCAAUCUUCAGAAUACCCUACAGUUGCAUGCAUUAGUGCCUUUUCGGGCAAAUUUGGUUGUUUUUUAUUUUGCUCAGGUGCAUCCUGUUUCCAUUGAUCAUCCUUGAGAUGUUUCUAAAAACUUGAUUGGUCCACCUGUGGUAAAUUCAAUUGAUUGGACAUGAUUUGGAAAGGCACACAACUGUCAUAAAGUCCCACAGUUGACAGUGCAUGUCAGAGAAAAAAAACCAAGCCAUGAGGUCGAAGGAAUUGUCUGUAUGGCUCUGAGACAGGAUUGUGUUGAGGCACAGAUCUGGGGAAGGGUACAAAAACAUUUCUGCAACAUUGAAAGUCCCCAAGAACAGAAUGGCCUCCAUCAUUCUUAAAUCGAAGAAGUUUGGAACCACCAAGACCCCUCCUAGAGCUUGUCGCCCGGCCAAACUGAGCAAUCGCGGGAAAAGGGCCUUGGUGACCAAGAACUCGAUGGUCACUCUGACAGAGCUCUAGAGUUCCUCUGUGGAGAUGAGAGAACCUUCCAGAAGGACUACCAUCUGCAGAACUCCACCAAUCAGGCCAUUAUGGUAGAGCGGCCAGACGGAAGCCACUCUUCAGUAAAAGGCACAUGACAGCCCGCUUGGAGUUUGCCAAAUGGCACCUAAAGGACUCCCAGACCAUGAGUAACAAGAUUCUCUGGUCUGAUGAAACCAAGAUUCAACUCUUUGGUCUGAAUGCGAAGCAUCACAUUUGGAAGAACCCUGGCACCAUCCCUACGGUGAAGCAUGGUGGUGGUAACAUCAUGCUGUGGGGAUGUUUUUAAGCAUCAGGGACUGUGAGACUAGUCACUAUCGAGGCAAAGAUGAAAGGAGGAAAGUACAGAGAGCUAAGCACACAGCCAAGACAACGCAGCAGUGGUUUCGGAACAUGUUUCUGAAUGUACUUGGGUGGCCCAGCCAGAGCCCGGACUUGAACCUGAUCGAACAUCUGUUAAGAGACCUGAAAAUAGUUGUGCAGCAACACUCCCCCUCCAACCUGACAGAGGUUGAGAGGAUCUGCAGAGAAUAAUUGGAGAAACUCCCCAAAUACAGGUGUGCCAAGCUUGUAGUGUCAUGCACAAGAAGACUUGAGGCUGUAAUCGCUGCCAAAGGUGCUUCAACAAAGUACUGAGUAAAGGGUCCGAAUACUUAUGCAAAUGUGAUAUUCCGAGCUGAUCAUUUCUAAAAACAGUUUUCGCUUUGUCAUUAUGGGGUAUUGUGUGUAGAUUGAUGAGGGAAAAAAACAUUUAAUACAUUUUAGAAUGCUGUAACUUAACAAAAUGUGGAAAAAGUCAAGGGGUCUGAAUACUUUCUGAAGGCACUGGAUUGACUAUUUAUUGAUUGCAUUUCGUAUUUGAUGUGUGUCUUUCUGUAUACUGCAGGGCUCAUUUGUAAAAGACACCUGGGUCUCAAUAUGACUCCCUAAUAAACUUUUUAACAAUGUUUUUUUUUCUCUCCAUAAAUGAACGGAAUGCAAUGCUUUGACCUACAUGUCAUCAAAGAGAACCAGCCUACUUUCUGAUAGAGAAUGGAGUGAUGAGUGCUAAAGUGGUCAUCUGUGAUAAUGAUGUACGAUGGUAAACUGCAUGGUAAGGCUUUAAAUAUAGAUGACGUCGUCAUAGUCUAGGAUCAGUAGAACGUUGACUGAAUUAUCUGCUGUAGUGACUUUACUUUCGUUAAUCUGAUGACUGUUAUUUAAUGAAUCAACAAACUGUUUAAUUGUUACCCGAUUAAAUGAAUCAUGUAACAAUGAACUCAUUAGGA